UUUGGUUGCAUGAAUUUGCCUGUCACUAUCACCAUAAUAACUUUACAUUUAUUAGUGGAAACCAGCAUUUUCAUUUUCAGGGAUCUAUUAUGUUCAUCAAUUAAUUUUUGAAUCAAGAAAAUGUAUUCAAUCAUCUAGCAUCAUCAUCAUCAUCAUCAUUGAAAUCCAAACAUAAUUUUCUAUAUAUUAAAUCCAUUUCAUUAGUAAUUUUACUCAAUAUUUUUGAAAGAAUCGUUCAAUACAAUAUCUCGUAUAACCAGAUGGAUCCACAGAAAAAAGUCUAUAAUGGACGUUUUAUACAACGUUUUAUUGCCGCUCGUGUUAUAUUUGUUAUUUUGGGAUUUUUCGGUUUCUUUCUAGUAUACGCAUUCAAAGUGGUUGUGAAUAUGUCAAUUGUGGCAAUGAUUAAAAAUAAACACAAUGAUGAUCUCUUAACGAAUUUUUCCACAAUAUCACCAGUAUCUGCUGACACAUGUCCUGGUGGACAAUCAACUUCUAAUCAACAAGAAGGAGAAUUCGAUUGGCCUGAAGAUGUUAAAAACUAUGUAUUAGCAUCAUUUUUCUAUGGAUAUGUACUUACACAGAUACCGGCCGGUAUUUUGGCAAAUAAAUUCGGUGGAAAAUGGAUUUUUGGUUCAAGCAUUUUGAUUGCUUCGAUAGCAUCAUUGAUGUGUCCGUUUGCUGCACGAAUAAAUUAUAUGUGGUUUAUAAUUUUACGAGUUAUUCAAGGUCUAGCCGAAGGUGUUGUAUUUCCCUGUAUGAAUACAAUGAUUGCUCAAUGGAUGCCCAAAAUGGAACGAACACGUGGAACAACCAUUACAUUCACAGGUGCUAUGAUUGGAACAGUAAUAACGAUGCCAAUGGCAGCUCAAUUCAAUGAAAGUUCAUGGGGUUGGGCCGCUUCAUAUUAUUUAUUGGGUAUUGUUGGAAUCAUUUGGUUUAUUUUAUAUUCGUUUCUGGUAUAUGAAUCACCGGAAUCACAUCCAUUCAUCUCACGACAAGAAUAUAACUAUAUUAUUGAAAAUGGUGGCGGUAAACAAAUGGAAAUGAAAGUGAUCAUACCAUAUCGUGAAAUAUUCACUUCAUCACGUGUUUAUGGUAUUAUUUUGACUGCUAUCGGUCAGAAUUGGGCUUUUCUCACUAUUCUUACCUAUUUACCAACCUACAUGAAAGAUGUAUUACAUACAGACAAUAAAAUGACAACAAUCAUAUCUGGUCUUCCAUCACUUGGUCAAGCUGUUUUUGGUUGGAUAUGUUCCUAUUAUACUGAUCGUAUGAGACAGCAUGGUACUUUAUCCAUUACGACAAUUAGAAAAAUUAAUGCUUUUAUUACCUAUAUACCACCAGCCAUUUUUAUGGCAAUCAUACCAGUAGUUGGUUGUGAUCAAAUUGCUAGCUCAACAUUAUUAAUAUUGGCCGUAACAUUAAGCGGUGCUUGUUUCAGUGGAUUUAAUUCUACACAUGUAGAUAUGGCACCAGAUUUUGCCGGAACAUUAAUGGGUUUAACAAACAGUAUUGGUAAUAUACCGGGAUUUAUUGUACCAAAAGUGAUUGAAGCAUUCACUAAAAAUCAGAGUACGAUAAAAACAUGGUCAUAUGUUUGGUAUUUAGCUGCGGCAAUAAAUGUUUUAACCACAUUAAUCUAUACAUUUAUGUGUACGGCUGAAGAACAAACAUGGGGAAGGAUUCAUCGGUUACCGGAAAAAGCUUAAUACAAACAAUCAACCAAAAAAAAAAAAAAAAUCAAAAAAUUUUGUUGUUUCAAAACAUUCUAUUGAUUGAUGGA